GUGCUGAUUUUUGGUUUGCCCUGUCGAGAACGCUGUUCUUCAACUCUCUUCCACCAUUGAAGUGCAGCUCCUUUCAACUUCAGCUUCACAAAAAUCACCUUCCUAUUUUCUGCCAUCUUCAUGAAAAGGGUUAUCAUCCCUUCCAUCCACACUCUCAUCCUCCAGACUACCUUCCGGAGUGUCUGCAGGGGUAUGGUCACCCUCCGGCAUCUCCAUACGGGCUCCCAUGGGUUCCUGUCACUGUAAAGCUUGCACAGCUCGUGACAAGUCCUCAAUCAUGCGUCACAUCUCAGUUAAUUCUGCUUGUUGGCCUUUAUUUCCUCUGCCACGACCAGCCAUAGCUCUGAUACCAAUUUGAUGCAGGGAAGGUAGGGGUAGAACAAACAGUAACUGAGAACUUCAUAAAAUUAAAGAUGGAACCAAUAAAACUUAGGUCUUCAACCUUAAGUUUAUUCUCAAACUAAAAUAUCAUAACAAAAACUGGUUCUGAAAUCUACGAAGAAUAACUAUUUAUACUAACAAUAGCCAAGAAUCCUAAUUCAAUUCUAAUUUGAAUUUCUAAUAAACUAUGAACUCCUAAUAAGCUACUAAUUCUAAUCCUAAUUAAAAAUGACUUUCCUAAAAUUAAAACUUGGAUUUCAAAUAGAACUCAAACAAAUAAUUAAAGCUUUAUGUUCCUGCAUCAGUUUUGUUCCUGAAUAUUCUGCUUUAAAAUUUUUGUGUUGAGUGGUCAUUGUGUGGCUGAUAUUUUCCAACUAUUUGUAACUUUUUCCUGUAGCUUGGAAACACUGAAGAAUAUAUUGAUGGACAAUUCACUGGAAAUCUGGGGGAGAUUUUGAUAAGCCAAAAUUUUGAAUAUGUAAUGAGGGGGAGGGUUGAUUGAUGCUUGAUUUACAAUUAAAAGAUAAUAAUGAGGGUUUUGAUUAAAUUUUAAGACAACAUAGAGAGGAACAGCUCACCAGGAACAUGCAAUGAAUUGGUAAGGGGCUAAGGGCAAAGCACAUGGUCAUGAAUAUGGAGAACUUGAGUACACUUUGCCUUAUUUAAAUCUUAUAGAAUUAAACUCUUAGGCUUCUUUUGGAGAGGUAUAAAUAGGAUUUUUCAUAUCAAAAUUCGAAAGAAGUAAACAUCACUAAGAAGAUAUACAAGUUGAACCUAUUGAAAUUAAACUCAAAUGGUAAAAGAUGGAUCGAUACGAAAUAGAAAAAUAUAAAUUUGAGUCCUGCAAAUAAUUUCAGUAGGCUAUCCAUGCCAUCCUUGAAGUUGAAGGUGGAGCGUUGAUAUGUUACUUUUGUGGACCAGUACUGGGGCUGAGUCUGGGAUACAUUGUGUUCACAACAGGAAAACCAUGGUGUCUUGUAAAGAAGGUAGAGGUAUAUUAACAGAAAUUU